CGGGAAAACGUAAACCAACGCCAAGGUGCCGAACACAAGACAUUUUGUAUCGCGUUGGGCAAACAUAAUUCCAUUUCUGCAAACGCGUGUUUGAUAAUUUCAUUAUUUGUGUGCCUCUCAACUUGGUGGACUUCGGGAACUUCAGAGAAAAUGUCGCAUCACUACGUGGUGACAGCGCAAAAGCCCACAGCGGUUGUGGCCUGUUUAACCGGCAACUUUACAUCGCCCACAGACCUGAAUCUGAUUAUUGCCCGCAACAACCAGGUCGAGAUUGACCUCGUCACGCCGGAGGGUCUGCGCCCGCUCAAGGAGAUCAACAUAAAUGGCACUGUUGCAGUUAUGCGCCACUUCCGGCCGCCGGAUAGCAACAAGGAUCUGCUCUUCAUACUGACUCGUCGCUACAAUGUCAUGAUACUGGAGGCGCGCAUGGUCAACGACAGCAUCACUGUCAUAACCAAGGCAAAUGGCAAUGUCUCCGACUCGGCGGGCAUACCCUCGGAGGGUGGUGUCAUUGCUGCCAUUGAUCCCAAGGCACGAGUUAUUGGCAUGUGCCUGUACCAGGGGCUGUUCACCAUCAUACCCAUGGACAAGGAGGCCAGUGAGCUAAAGGCCACAAAUUUGAGAAUGGACGAGCUGAACGUGUACGACGUGGAGUUCCUGCACGGCUGCCUCAAUCCCACAGUCAUAGUUAUCCACAAGGACAACGAUGGACGGCACGUCAAGUCGCAUGAGAUUAACCUGCGAGAGAAGGAAUUCAUGAAGAUUGCCUGGAAGCAGGACAAUGUGGAGACGGAAGCCACCAUGCUCAUACCCGUGCCGUCACCCAUUGGAGGUGUGAUUGUCAUAGGCCGCGAAUCGAUUGUCUAUCACGAUGGCAGCAACUAUCAUGCCGUGGCGCCGCUCACCUUCCGCCAGAGCACCAUCAACUGCUAUGCGCGUGUGGAUGGCAAGGGACUGCGUUACUUGCUGGGCAACAUGGACGGACAGCUGUACAUGCUCUUCCUGGGCACAUCCGAAACGAGCAAGGGCGUCACUGUCAAGGACAUCAAGGUGGAGAAGCUCGGCGAAAUCUCUAUACCAGAGUGCAUUACAUACUUGGACAAUGGUUUCCUCUACAUAGGCGCACGCCAUGGCGACUCGCAGCUGGUGCGCCUCAGCUCCGAGGCCAUCGAAGGCUCCUACGUCAUACCAGUGGAGAAUUUCACGAAUCUUGCACCCAUUCUGGACAUUGCAGUCGUUGAUUUGGAUCGCCAGGGACAGGGUCAGAUCAUCACUUGCUCUGGCAGCUUCAAGGACGGUUCUCUGCGCAUCAUUCGCAUUGGCAUAGGGAUUCAGGAGCAUGCCUGCAUUGAUUUGCCAGGCAUCAAAGGCAUGUGGUCCCUGAAGGUGGGCAUUGACGACAGUCCAUAUGAGAAUACUCUGGUAUUGGCCUUUGUGGGACACACAAGGAUUCUGACAUUGUCGGGCGAGGAAGUGGAGGAAACGGAGAUACCCGGCUUUGCCAGCGAUCUGCAAACAUUUCUCUGCGCCAAUGUGGAACAUGAUCAGCUCAUUCAAGUCACCUCGGACAGCGUGCGUUUGGUUAAGAGUGCCACAAAAGCUUUGAUCUGCGAGUGGCGACCGGAGGGCGAUCGCUCCAUUGGUGUCGUCUCUUGCAACAGCACACAGAUUGUGCUGGCCUCGGCACGCGACAUCUUCUACAUCAUCAUCGAGGAUGGACGGCUGGUGGAGAAGGCGCGCAAGACCCUCGCGUAUGAGGUGGCCUGCUUGGACAUAACUCCCUUGGAUGAAACGCAAAACAAAUCUGAUUUGAUAGCCGUUGGCUUGUGGACAGAUAUAUCCGCAGUGAUCCUGUCGCUGCCCGAUCUGGAGACGAUUUACACGGAGAAGCUGAGCGGAGAGAUCAUACCCCGCUCCAUACUGAUGACCACCUUCGAGGGCAUUCACUAUUUGCUCUGCGCUUUGGGCGAUGGUUCGAUGUAUUACUUCAUUAUGGACCAGGCCACCGGGCAGCUGACGGACAAGAAGAAGGUCACGCUGGGUACUCAGCCCACAACGUUGCGCACUUUCCGAUCGUUUGCCACGACCAAUGUGUUUGCCUGCUCCGAUCGUCCGACGGUCAUCUACUCAUCAAACCACAAGCUCGUCUUCUCCAAUGUCAAUCUGAAGGAGGUCAAUCACAUGUGCUCGCUGAAUGCCCAGGCCUACCCGGACAGCUUGGCGCUGGCUACGAAGAACUCGGUUAUAUUGGGCACCAUUGAUGAGAUUCAGAAGCUGCACAUCCGCACUGUGCCGCUGGGCGAGGGUCCACGUCGCAUUGCGUAUCAGGAGGCGUCGCAAACGUUUGCCGUGUCCACACUGCGCAUCGAUGUUCACGGACGUGGUGGUGCCAAGCCGCUGCGCAACAGCGCCUCCACGCAGGCGCAGAAUAUUACAUGCAGUUCGAAUAUCUUGCCCAAGCCGGGCGGCAACAAUUCCACAGCAGCCAAUGCGGAGGUUGGCCAGGAGAUUGACGUGCACAACCUGCUGGUGAUUGAUCAGAAUACGUUCGAGGUGCUGCAUGCACAUCAGUUUGUGGCCCCCGAGACCAUAUCCUCACUGAUGUCAGCCAAGCUGGGCGACGAUCCAAACACGUACUAUGUGGUGGCCACCUCGCUGGUCAUUCCCGACGAGCCAGAGCCAAAGGUGGGACGCAUUAUUAUAUUCCACUAUCACGAAAACAAGCUGACACAAGUGGCAGAGACCAAAGUGGAUGGCACAUGCUACGCUUUGGUGGAGUUCAAUGGCAAAGUCUUGGCCGGCAUUGGCAGCUUUGUGCGGCUGUACGAGUGGACCAAUGAGAAGGAGCUGCGCAUGGAGUGCAACAUACAGAACAUGAUUGCGGCAUUGUAUUUAAAGGCCAAGGGGGACUUCAUCCUGGUGGGUGAUCUGAUGCGCUCCAUUACGCUGCUGCAGCACAAGCAAAUGGAGGGCAUAUUUGUGGAAAUUGCACGCGAUUGCGAGCCUAAAUGGAUGCGUGCCGUGGAGAUACUCGACGAUGAUACGUUUCUGGGCUCGGAGACUAAUGGCAAUUUGUUUGUCUGCCAGAAGGAUAGUGCCGCCACCACCGAUGAGGAACGUCAACUGUUGCCAGAGCUGGCGCGUUUCCAUCUCGGCGAUACGGUGAACGUUUUCCGGCAUGGUUCGUUGGUCAUGCAGAAUGUGGGCGAACGCACCACGCCCAUCAAUGGCUGUGUGCUGUAUGGCACGUGUAAUGGCGCCAUUGGCAUUGUCACCCAAAUACCGCAGGACUUUUACGACUUCCUGCACGGGCUGGAGGAGCGUCUGAAGAAGAUUAUCAAGUCGGUGGGCAAAAUCGAGCACACGUAUUAUCGCAAUUUCCAAAUCAACACCAAAGUGGAGCCCAGCGAAGGAUUCAUCGAUGGAGAUCUGAUAGAGAGCUUUUUGGACUUGAGUCGCGACAAGAUGCGAGAUGCUGUGCUGGGCUUAGAGUUAACACUCAACGGGGAACGAAAGGGCGCAGAUGUGGAGGAUGUCAUCAAAAUCGUGGAAGACCUCACUCGCAUGCAUUGAGACGGCAAUUUUAUGUGUAUAUAAAGUAUAUAAAAAAAGGAGAACCCAUUACCAUACAAUUUGUUUGAAUGUACAUGAAACUUCGAUACCAUGUAUAAUAUUAAACAAUUUUA